GUAGUGACGCCGCGGUGCUGAGCAGAGGAAGGGGGAGGGCGCUGCUGUCGCUCCGGCCGGCUGUCAAUACCAUCACUUCAUCAAGAUGAGUAAUAGUCACCCACUCCGUCCUUACACAGCUGUGGGGGAAAUUGACCAUGUUCACAUUUUGUCAGAGAAUGUUGGCGGUCUGAUGAAUGGGGAGGAGUAUAGUGAUGUUACCUUUAUUGUAGAAAAGAAACGUUUUCCUGCACAUAGAGUGAUUCUGGCUGCUAGAUGCCAUUAUUUCAGAGCAUUAUUAUAUGGUGGAAUGAGAGAAUCUCAGCCUGAAGCAGAAAUCCCUCUUCAGGAUACCACUGCAGAAGCAUUUACAAUGCUGCUGAAAUAUAUAUACACAGGCCGUGCUACAUUAAGAGAUGAGAAGGAAGAGGUACUCCUGGAUUUCCUGAGCCUGGCUCACAAAUAUGGAUUCCCAGAAUUGGAGGAUUCCACCUCUGAGUAUCUUUGCACCAUACUUAAUAUUCAGAAUGUUUGUAUGACCUUUGAUGUUGCCAGUCUCUACUCACUCCCUAAACUGACUUGUAUGUGCUGUAUGUUUAUGGAUAGAAAUGCUCAAGAGGUGCUCUCCAGUGAAGGCUUUCUGUCACUUUCUAAGGCUGCUCUUCUAAAUGUUGUCCUGAGGGAUUCAUUUGCAGCACCUGAGAAGGAUAUUUUCCAGGCUUUGAUGAACUGGUGUAAACAUAACCCCAAGGAGAAUCAUGCUGAAAUCAUGCAGGCAGUACGCUUACCCCUGAUGAGUCUGACAGAACUACUAAAUGUUGUAAGACCUUCUGGAUUGCUGUCGCCUGAUGCCAUUCUGGAUGCCAUUAAAGUUCGUUCUGAAAGUCGGGACAUGGACCUCAACUACAGGGGCAUGCUAAUACCAGGUGAGAACAUUGCAACUAUGAAAUAUGGAGCGCAGGUUGUAAAAGGGGAGCUGAAGUCUGCUUUGCUAGAUGGGGACACACAGAAUUACGACUUGGAUCAUGGUUUUUCCCGACACCCGAUUGAUGAUGACUGCCGUUCUGGCAUUGAAAUUAAACUAGGUCAGCCAUCGAUAAUCAACCACAUAAGAAUACUACUCUGGGACAGAGAUAGCCGGUCUUAUUCCUACUACAUUGAGGUGUCCAUGGACGAGUUAGACUGGAUCCGCGUGAUCGAUCACUCUAAAUAUCUUUGUCGGUCCUGGCAGAAGCUGUAUUUUCCUGCCCGUGUCUGCAGGUACAUCCGAAUAGUUGGCACCCACAACACAGUGAACAAAGUUUUCCAUAUUGUGGCAUUUGAAUGCAUGUUUACCAACAAAACCUUCACUCUUGAGAAAGGUCUUAUAGUUCCCACUGAAAAUGUUGCAACAAUUGCAGACUGUGCCAGUGUGAUUGAGGGUGUAAGUCGAAGUCGCAAUGCCUUGUUGAAUGGAGAUACAAAGAAUUAUGACUGGGAUUCCGGGUACACAUGUCAUCAGCUAGGCAGUGGUGCUAUUGUGGUACAGCUAGCACAGCCAUUCAUGAUUGGAUCAAUACGGUUACUUCUCUGGGACUGCGAUGAUCGGAGCUAUAGUUACUACAUUGAGGUUUCCACUAAUCAGCAGCAAUGGACCAUGGUGGCUGAUCGAACAAAAGUUUCCUGCAAAUCUUGGCAAGCGAUAACUUUUGACAGACAACCUGCAUCGUUCAUCAGAAUAGUUGGAACUCACAACACAGCUAAUGAGGUGUUUCACUGUGUGCAUUUUGAGUGUCCAGCACAAAACAAUGCCCACAAGGAAGAGGGUAAUGAGGAAGUGGCGACAACAGAACUGGGCACUGGCACACAACAGAUUGUUUCUCGCCCAGUUCGAGCCUCAAGCACCAGUUCUCUGCACUCCCUCACUGGAUCCACCUCACGUACACAUGCUCACCAACCAUAAAGGAGAGUGGAACGGAGCUUUUGCAGUCUCCAUGAUGCUAUAUGAAAUUAUUCACAACCUUCUUGUACAGGCACCUUUUUUCUUGUUCUCUCAGUGAACAAAGGGGACCAUGCCUGGCAGCUGGAAAUGUUGAAAUGGAAAAGGCUUUCCAAGGACACAAAGGGGCUGCUUCACUCUCUUCAAUUUGUUCAAAUCAGGCUUUGUCUCCGGGGGGAUAAAAUAGGUCUUCAAUCUAUAUCAAGUCCCCCAUUAACACCCUACCUCUCUAAUCUAACCAAGGAAAGGAGAAUGGAAGGAAAUAAAAGGCAGAGUCACAUUGGAAUACAAAAAUGGCAUAUGAACAGUAGACUGGAAGGAAUAUAAAUUAAUUAUUUGUUACCUGAAGGCACCUAUUAGGAAAUAGAAUGUUUAUCUUUAUGGCAUCACUAUGGAAAAUAGAUUGUUUUUAUUUUUUUAAAUUAUUCUUAAUCCAUAUUACUUGGUAAAUUAUAAGCUGUUUUCUAAAUCAUUUUGACUCGGUGUCCGACUUUUCCCUUAUUUCUGGCUGUAGAUACAUACAGUACAAUAGUUUAGGGAAGUAACAGACAUGUAUAUCACCUGGUAUGACAAGGAAAAAACCCUCAUGAUAAAAACAAAUCAAUUUAUGGAUGCUGUAUUUAAUUCUGACUUUACUUGAAUUGUUGAGUUACAAAAUUGUCAUUUUUUAUCUAUGUUCCAAGUUGCAAAUUCCUAGUCAAGCUUCCAACUUGACAAGCAGAUAACUGUCUACUUAAUUUAAAGAUGAUUCUUCAAGUUUUACUUAAAUUUCUACAAAAAUUAUUGUAAUUUUUCAAAUUUGUUGUUUGUGUUUAGAAAAGCAGAAUUACAACUGACCGUUGACAUGCUGCUGGUCAGACUCAGCAAUACAAAAAUGAGAAUUUGCAGUCAAAAAUUUUUUAAAGAAAAUAAUAGACUACAGUGUUCAACUAGGGAUUUAAAAGCCACUGAUAAGCUUUUCUCAUAAUCUUCAUGGAAAAAAAAUAAUUUAACUAUUGUGGUUUGAUCUGACUCUUUAUUGGUUCUUGCUUUAGUAACUUACAUCUCAGUGUUAACUCUCCUUUGUAACUUGAUCAGAUUAUCUGCUUUUUUUCUUAUGUAGAGCAUUUUCACAUUGUGAUCAUCAGGAUUCUCUAAUCUCCAGUACAUGUGAUUUAGCAAAAGCUCCUCAUCUCACUGAGCUUGCCAGUGUGGGAAGAAGAGGUUCUGUUUUUACACACAAUAUUGAUGUCAUUUGGCAAAAAUAAAUAGGAAAGAUUGAUAUUUCUCCUGAAGUACCUGACCUUUGGAGCAUCUACUGUCCAAGUUUAUCGACCUGGAAUUUUUUUUUCUGUUGGUCUAACAUACCUUUGCCAGAGCAAAACAAGAUGACAAGUCAGAGUUAGUCAAGUCAAAUAUGAUUUUCCUCUGCUUGAACAUAAUGAUAUAAUGAGUUAUAUAUCAAUCUAUAACACUGCUUAACCUGAAAGAAUUUCUUUCUGAAUACCAGUUGGGCUAAAAGCAUGAAGGAACAGAUAGCAUGGUGGCUACAAAACAGCAGAGACUUGACAGAGAAGAAAAGAAACUCUUCCUCUUUCUGAUAUAUUUCCUGUAAAGUUGAAUAACUUUGGCAAUCUUAUCUUUUUUUCCUUAUCACCAGACCCAUCUUCAGUCUUUCUCAUGUUAGCCCCUGUAUUCCCUCCCCAAACCUUUUGCCCCCAUUGCCUGAAUCAAGCUGGUUGUCAUUGGAGAUGCAUGGACAUUACAUGAUACAUUUUAUUAGGUGUCAUGGCUACCCCUCACAGUGCUUAGUCUAGGUUCUCUGCAUAUAGAAUGUUUCUCAUGAGCCAUCAACUAGCACUGUCUGCUGAUUACCACGUUUGUUUAGCAACUCUUAGCAUAGUGGAAGUCAGACUAAGUAUUGGGUACAGAGCCCUUAGAUUAACUUUAAGUACAGAGGUAGAAAAUUUUAGACUAAACUUUUCUUUAAAAAGAAACAAACAAAAACCCCAUGACAAUUGUAAUCUUUGCUGGAUCUUUUGAGUUCCAUGGAGCCUCUCUUGUCUUUCUUGGGUUGAUCCUUCAGCAUCAGGGUUGGUGAGAGACUACAAAUAAAUUUACAACUAAUUUCACCAUUCUCAGACUGCAAAUAAACAAAUUACAUCAUUUUCCAGUUUUGUUAGCUCUAAUUGCCACCAUUGUAGGGAGUGUUGUAACAUAAGAAUGAAAUAGAUCUGUAUCAAUUGUCCCUCGGUUUAGACUCUCUCAGGCAAAGUGCAGGAUUUUGAAUGUAUACUUCCCAGACAUGGACAAUUAUUUUGUAGAAUACAGCUGAGCCAAAAAAAAGACUCUUUAGAAGCCAUCAGUCUACACCCCUCCUUCUGUCAUUCUCUCUGAUCUUGCCCUCUAAGGCUUCAUAGAUCAAAGACAUCUAUAUAGUCUAGAUUUCUUAUUACAUCUACUAGCCAUCCAGGCCUCUAUUCACCCCAGUUCUGGGACAUGAAGAAUUUAAAAGAUUAACCUAUAGCAGAGUACAUGUGAGAGAUUCUCAAAGCACAGAGCAACAGGACCUGUAGAACUUCAAAUAUCCAAGAAAAGUAUAUGUCACCCACAGCUGAGGUAAAUUAUCAUAUCCUUCCUCACAAACAAAUAGGAAUUUUUUAACAUUAUGAUUCCCAGUCACAUCAUGCCUCUUUCACACACCUGUUAGUCACCUCUCUGACAAUUAUUUGUGCUUUGAACCUGUUUCUGAAGUAAGUCAUUGUGUCUGUGUUGGCACAGAAUUUUCAAACCUUUAUAAGCCAAAAUAACCCCAUUUUCCGUUUUGUGGUUUGAAUCUUUUAGUCUUGUAUAACAAGAAUAAUGUUAAUGCUUUGGGAGUCGUAUGUUAUUGAUCAUCUCAUUUUUGCUCAGUUUUAAAACCCCCAUAAAAUCUACUUAUUGCCUGGUAUGCUCUUCUGCCAUGAACGUUCUCUUUUAAUAUAAUGUGCCAGUGGUGAGGUAGGAGGAGGGCAUCACACAGAAUUAAUUUAUAUUUUGUCCUCAGCUU